AUGGAGCCUCCCAAGACCUUCAUGAGAAAGCUACCCAUCACACCAGGAUACUGUGGCUUCAUACCAUGGCUUAGUUGCCAGGAGAGCCCCGUCGAGGACCGCAUGAAUUCCUGUGUGAAAGCCUUCCAGGAGAGGACGCAGAGGUACAAGGAGGAGCAGCAGAGCCUAAACUGCUCUGUGGCCAACACCCGGCCCCUGAAGCCCAUCUGUUCUGAAGACACGGUCCUGUGGGUGCUGCACGAGUAUGCCAAGAAGUACCACCCCCUGACUCUGGAAUGCAAAAACCAGAAGAAACCACUCAGGGAGCCCCCUAUCCCUGGCUGGGCAGGCUACCUGCCCAGAGCCAAGGUCACUGAAUUUGGCUGUGCCACAAGGUAUACCCUCAUGGCCAGAAAGUGCUACGAGGACUUCCUGGGUUUGGUGGAGCAGGCCAAGAGGGCUCAACUGAAACCUUAUGAGAAAACAUACAGUGUGAGCUCCGCACAGCCUCUUCACCCUUCUCCUAAAGUCUUACAGCUGCAAGGCCUCCCACCCCCAUACCCAGAACAUUUUGUGCCAGGUCAAACACUCCCAAUGGAGAACUACCAAGCUCUCAGGCCCUGUGGCUGUGCUCAUUGGUCCAAUCUGUCAUAGGGUGAGCCAACAUCCUGGGCAAAGAAAUUUGCCCAGAGCUAG